UCAUUGCGAGCCCUCCUCGUCCUCCUCGUCCUCCUCCUCAUCGUCCUCGACAGAUGAGGGUGGUGGUGGCACUAUACCCGGCAGAUGUUGUUGUGGCGAUGAUGUUGGCGAUGGUGGCGGGGGCCCUAAUGACGGAGCCGCAGGCGAUGAUGUUGGCGAUCCUGGCGGGGGUGGUGGGGGAGGGUCCCUGCAGCCCUCCCCAUCGUCGAGCCUCAUCUUCUCGUCAUCAGCAUCGCUGUCGUCCCACGGCCAUAUCACCAUCUUGACUGUCAACUGGUGCUCACGCGGCCGGGCUGCCAGGUCCUUAACCGACGAGUCCUGCCCAUCGUAGCGCUUGUAGAACAUGGGCCGACGCAGCUCCAUGCCAUAAUCGGCCAUGUCCCCGCGCACACGGCUUUGGCGGAACAGGGAAUCGAGAUCGCGCUCGACUUGGGAAGCGUUGCCGGGGGUGGUGAAGAUGUCUGCUCGUUCGUUGAGCUUGAAGGUGGCGCGUUUGGGCCGCAGCUCGUGGACGAGGCGGAAGAGGUCCCGCAGCCGCUCGGGGACGCUCGGUAGAUGCCCUCGUAGAUCAGCAUUCUGAUGGGACUGAUCUCGAUGCUGAGCUCUUGCACUCUGGGGUACUGGCGGGCGGUGUUGGGUGACGGGAAGGCGACAGGGGCGGCCGCCUUGGUGGGGGGGCGGUCGAAGGAGAGCGGCUCGUCGUACCAUAUCUCCAACUUCUGCGACCCAAGUAAGAAGGGUUGAUUCAGAGGGAGGGAUGUGCCCGUGUCAUGUGUCUGUACCUUGAGUGGCUUGGCGAUGCCCUGCUGGAUGUAUGCGAGCACUUCAGAGGCCAUGAUGGCGUGGGCCGUGAAGUACAAGAGAUUCACGUGUGUGAGGGCGGGGAGGGAUGAAAGGAGGCUCGAGAGUCGGUUGGGCGUGGUGGGCGGGAUGAGGUACUCGGGGUCGCACGUCGAGACACCAUCUGAGCCAUUCUUGCCUUCCUGUAGGCGGAGCCUCGUCACGUUGCUGAAUUGACACAUACACGCGCAGAAAAUGAGCCAGUCGCGUUCAUCGCCCUUGUUGUUGGCCUCACUCACCUGAGUGACUUGAGCGUGGUCUCCUCAGUCAGCCAUCGGGGGAUCCAAUCGAAUGACUCGGCAUCGACAUCGGGGCCGUCGGUGCUGAGUUCGAUGUCGAGUCUGCAUGCGUUGUCGAACUGGAUGCCGCUGAAAUGCGGGCUGGUGGGAUCGCCUGAUCCAGCACCGUAUCCAUCCAACGACACUCUGUCCCCCCCUGCCGCGUGCCGUUUGAUAGUCUCCACGAGCUCGAGGGUCUCGGCGGUCGGGGGGCCCUCGGUCGUCUCACCACGGCAUUUUAUGGAUGUCGUCCCUCCCUCCCUCACCACCUCCCAUCCCAGAUCCUCUUCCGCCUGAAUCGUCUUCACCGAGUCUCCAUCAAAGGACCACCCGGGUCGAACGGUCAAGCUACGGACGAUGCGAAGGGGGCAGUCGACCUUUUGAGGUGUCGCUUCGUGGCGGCUCCCGGUGGGCAGGGCGAGGGGGACGGGGCCGCCCUUGCGCUGCUGGACGAGGCGGCCGCACCACCGCUGCUGUGUGGCGUCAGUUGCCGCAGCAGACUUACCACCCUGGGUGUCUCCUCGUUGCUUGCCCCCUCUCCCUGCAGCUUGAGGCGGCCGACGUGGCGCAGCUUCUUGAGCGAUGGGAGGGCAGCAGCAGUGAGGGGCACGACGCAUCUGCCAUUGACGCUGCCGUAAUGAGUGCAGCACAGCAGUGGGAAGAUGUCCAGGUGGCUGGGGGCGGGGGAUGAGCCCAGGAUGAACGCCAGACUGCCAUCAAAUACGGCCCGCAUGGAUGCCGGCUUCAGCAAGGACCUUGCCGCAAUUGCGACGCGGUAUAUCUCGAAUCCAGAGCUGAGGACCUUGCCGGUGAGGCGCUCGAGUGCCGGGCAGACGAGCUUCUGCUGCUGGAAGAGAUGCAGUCCGUCGAGGCUGACCGGUCAGACGAGCUUCUGCUGUGUCCACCUCAACCGACGUGACCGAGGGGAACACCGCAUCGGGCCCCUUGACCUGUGCCAACGUCAGGCCGCUCGCCGCGUCCUCAGACCCUUCGUCUACAUUGCCAUCUGCGUCCGGCUGCUGCUUGGGUUGAGCCGUCUGGAUGGCCUUGAGCGUGUCGGUGUGCUUCACCAGCUGCAGGGAGAUGAAGGCGAACAGCCGCGCCCGGCCAAUCUCCUCGACCUCCUCCUCCCUGGGCAGCAGGAUGAUGGCGUGCUGCUGCUGCUCGAACGUCACCCGGCUGCCGCCGGGUCCCCUGCAGCUAAGGCCGUGGUUGGGGCGGUGCCAGUUGAUGACGCGGAUCAGCGAGUAGAUGACCCAGUAGAAGGCACGACUGAUGCAGCUCAUCGCCAGGCGCUCCUUGACGGACUGAUACGAUGACACGUUGAGCCAGAGGUCAAGCCCAUCCAGAAGGCUCGUGAAAAUCUUCGGCGAGGUGCGGUUGGAUGAGUCAUCACUCUGGGCCGGAGGGGCUGUGCGAAGGGCUUUGGCUGGCGGGCCGUCCAU